GGGUGUCUCAUUCCCAUUGUCCCCACAGAGCUGCCCCCCAAGAAGCGCAAACUGGGAAAGAAUCCGGAUGUGGACACCAGCUUCCUGCCGGAUCGGGACCGCGAGGAGGAGGAGAACCGCCUGCGCGAGGAGCUGCGCCAGGAGUGGGAGGCCAAGCAGGAGAAGAUCAAGAGCGAGGAGAUUGAAAUCACCUUCAGCUACUGGGAUGGCUCCGGCCACCGGCGCACGGUCAAGAUGAAGAAGGGGAACACCAUGCAGCAGUUCCUGCAGAAAGCCCUCGAGAUCCUGCGCAAGGACUUCAGCGAGCUCAGGUCAGCCGGGGUGGAGCAGCUCAUGUACAUCAAGGAGGAUCUGAUCAUCCCCCACCAUCACAGCUUCUACGACUUCAUCGUGACUAAAGCAAGAGGGAAAAGUGGGCCGCUCUUCAACUUCGACGUUCACGAGGACGUGCGACUCCUGAGCGAUGCCACUGUGGAGAAGGAUGAGUCCCACGCUGGGAAGGUCGUCCUGCGCAGCUGGUACGAGAAGAACAAGCACAUCUUCCCGGCCAGCCGCUGGGAGCCCUACGACCCCGAGAAGAAGUGGGACAAGUACACCAUCCGGUGAGAGAUGUAGCCCUGGAAUGCUGCUGUGGAGCCCCUGGCGUUGUUACUGCCCGAUGGUCAUCAUCUCUCCCCCCCCCC